AGUUCCGCAGAUGGACGCCCACGUAUCACGACAUGGUAGUUGCGCUCGGAGCUAACUCUAUUAUCGUGUCACCAACCAAUAUUGCACUCUUCGUCUCUCUCUCCCGGACUCGACCACGCGAUUGCUUCAAUCCAACCAACACGUCUUCAGUCAAGGCGGACGACAUCGGACCAAUACCCUAACAACCGCACCAACACCAAAUCCGAUUCGUCGGCCGAUCGCAUUAUCAUCCCGAUAUUCUGACGAGACCGCACACCGUAGUCGCGGCCGCGCGAUUGUACAUAUCUCGACCAUAUCUGUACCUGCAUUCCACCACUGUCCCCUUGCAUCGCUCAUCGUCUGUUCGCCAACAUUAGCGAUUGACUUCGAACGUCAUGGUCCAACCCAAUACCGCCGCCAACACGGCAUCACGACCACAAACUCCUCGAACACCUCGUGCUCCGCGACCACAGCGAACCACCUCAUCUGGGUCAUUCCACGCUGGCGCCCCGUUCCCCCAAUUCAACAGCCCUUACCAUGACCCUCGUCACCCCUCCGACAACUCUCGACGAACCUCGGUUGCCUCGAUACGUCCCAUCCGACGACAGUCCACCCACCAUUACCACACCUUCCUAAUACAACCACCCAAGACCCCUUCCUCACCACCGCGGAACGACCCGUGGUCUACAUAUGCGCAACAACGGCGCGGCGGUGGUCAUGACGAUGGAAGCAUAUCGGAUACAUCACAAGGAGAAGGCGACGCCGUCACACCGCUACCAUGGAAACAGCUAGGCCUCCUAGCGCUGUUGUCCCUAGCCGAACAGACAGCGCUCAACUCCAUUGGUCCAUACCUUCCGACCAUGGUGGCAUCUUUUGACGAGAUUCCUGAUGGCGAUGAAGGAUUGUACGUGGGCCUGUUGGCGUCGGCGUUCGCACUCGCCCAAUUGGUGACGAACCUGUUCUGGGGAUACCUCUCGGAUCGCAUCGGUCGCAAACCUGUCAUGCUGGUGGGCACCCUUCUACUGAUGGGCUGCUUCAUGUUCUUUGGCUUGUGCAAGACAUACGUCCAGCUGAUUCUGGUUCAUAUUGCUAUGGGAUUGCUCAAUGGAAACGCGGCUGUGGUGCCAACAGCGCUGGGAGAGGUCACGGAUCGCACAAAUCAGAGCAGAGCCUUCACCUGGCUUCCUAUCAUUUACAGCCUCGGUAGCAUCACCGGUCCUGCUCUUGGUGGUCUGCUGGUUGGUACCGUCGGGGCCGACAAGUACCCAUUCCUGGGCCCGAACCUUAUGAGCGCCGGGUUCCUGUUCGUUGCCGUCGUUGUUCUCGCCAUCUGGUUCCGGGAGACAUUGGAGAAGGACCAAGAGGAAGACGCCAGCGACUACACUACCAUGUUUAACAAGGCUCGCACGCUCCUCGCCGGCUGUCUGGGCAGAAACAACAAGUCCAGCCACGAAAACAACGAAGGCGACGCUCUCCUCGGCCAGGACGGAGAUGCCACAAGCGCCAAAGACGUCGCAUCGGACCAAAAGUCCGCUUUCCGCCAACUGGCCAACCGCACUACCUUGAUCCUGCUGUGCACCUAUCUCGUCUUCCAGCUGACCAACAUCUCUUUCAACUCGCUCUACCCCAUCUUCGCCUCCGCGCCGCCACCCAACGGUCGUAACCUUGGACCUAGCACCAUCGGUCUUAGCUUGUCUCUGGCAGGAUUGGCUACCAUCGUCUUCCAGGCCUUCGUUUUCCAACCGCUGAAGGCGCGCACGGGCAACAUGGGUACAUACAGAUACUCCCUUCUGGGAAUGGCCAUCUCCAUGGCGCUGAUGCCCUGGAUCGGUUACAUCGACCAGAAAAAGACUUGGUUGGGAAUUGGGUCGGGCAAAGCUUGGCUGUACAGCGAGUUGGGAGUCAUUCUGUUGCUCAAGAACAUUUGCGCCGUGGGUGGGUUGAGCAGCGUGAUGCUUUUGAUCACAAACUCUGCCCCUUCCCACGAGUCCCUCGGCACACUGAACGGCAUUGCCCAGACCCUUUCCGCCGCUGGUCGUAGCGUGGGCCCUUUCAUCUCCGGCGGACUUUUCACUCUGACGAAUCUUGUCCGUCCCAAGGGAGAGGCUAUUGCCUGGGGUGUAUUUGCUGGUGUCGCCCUCCUUGGGUGGUUUGGCACAUUGAUGAUUCGAGGACGUGAGUUGGAGAGUGCCGACUGGCAAGGAGAGGAGGAGGAUGAGGAGGAUCACGACGAGGAGGCCGCCCAUGAUUCGGACCGGUGAUCGGUGAUUCAACACCGUGAUGAUGGACAUGUACAAAAUGAUAUGGGAACGGAGAAUGAUAUGACAGGACGAUAUACGACCAACGACUCCAUGACACGAUCGACGAUAGAUGAUGGGCCCG